UUUCGUCAAGUGGACAAACAGUGAUCGCGAGUGCGCAUGCGCGUCGCCCUGUUGCUAUUCAGUUGUUGUAGUUACCAGAGGAUUAACCGCGCUGAUCAACUGGCCCUGGUGACACCAGCUAGCUAACAGUUAGCGGUCUGCACAUGCAUAAAAGGUGGAGGUGGUAGAUGCCGUAAUUAAAUCUGCACCCAUGAGCACGGGAGGCGUUCACCGGACAGCUCGCCGCCUGUGACUGCGAAGAUGCCGGCUGUGACCCGGGACAAGGACGAGGACGAGCAAGACGAUGCACAAGUUUGCGGCUGUUCGCCUUCAGAAACGCACCAGCCCUGUUGUCGAGAUCAUCCAUGCAUCGCCUGGAGCGGCCUCAGCAAGGCGAUCCCAGUUCUCUUGUUUAUUCCUGAAGCUGUUGUAUCUAAAGACGGAAUUAUCUGCUCUGUUGGAGAGCGAUACAAUUUGGCCUUCAAGAUUGUACGCACAGAAAGUCGCCUCGUACGGAGCAUACUCACAAAUCAUGGAUUUCAUGAGGUUCACCCGAACAGUAAUGACUUUAACCUCAUGUGGACUGGAUCUCACCUCAAGCCUUACGUACUCCGCAGCCUUCAAGACUUCCAGAAGGUGAACCACUUCCCCAGAUCAUACGAACUGACGCGCAAAGACCGUCUCUAUAAAAAUAUCCUGCGAAUGCAACAGACCCAUGGCUUCAAAAACUUCCAUAUCGUUCCUCAGACCUUUGUGCUUCCCUCUGAGUAUCAGGAAUUCUGCAAUUGCUUCACCAAGGACAAGGGCCCAUGGAUUAUUAAACCAGUGGCAUCUUCACGGGGGCGAGGUAUCUACCUGGUCAGCAAUCCAAAUCAGAUCUCAAUGGAUGAAAACAUAUUAGUGUCUCGCUAUAUUCAUAACCCACUGCUGAUUGACGAGUUCAAGUUUGAUGUGCGACUGUAUGUUCUGGUAACAUCAUAUGAUCCACUCAUCAUCUACGUGUAUGAGGAGGGCCUGGCUAGAUUCGCUACAGUAAAGUAUGAUCAGACUUCAAAGAACAUUAAGAACACAUUUAUGCACCUCACCAACUACAGCGUGAACAAAAAGAGCAGCGAUUAUGUCAGCUGUGAUGACCCUGAAGUCGAGGAUUAUGGGAACAAGUGGAGUAUGAGUGCAGUGCUGAGGUAUUUGAAGCAGGAGGGGAAGGACACCACAUUGCUGAUGAGGCAGGUGGAGGAUCUCAUCAUCAAAGCUCUCCUGAGUGCUGAGCUACAGAUCGCCACCGCCUGCAAGACCUUUGUUCCGCACAAGACGAACUGCUUCGAACUCUAUGGUUUUGACGUGCUCAUCGACUCCCACCUGAAACCCUGGUUAUUGGAGGUGAACCUUUCUCCCUCCCUGGCCUGUGAUGCACCCCUGGAUCUGAAGAUAAAGGCCAGUAUGAUUGCAGACAUGUUUUCGCUUGUGGGCUUUGUGUGUCAGGACCCCCUAUCGAGACAGCCAUGCUCUGACCGAGUCACCCUGGACCCCAGCCUCAAGCACCCAGCAACCCACAGAACACAGGUGGGGCUCUCUGUCCCACACGCACGCAAGCAGAAACCUUUUCCUGCAACGACAGCCACUGCACACAGCAGAGUGCAAAAGAGGCCGGCAUCAGUCGGUAACUCUGAGACAGAGGGGCCAAAAGACAAACAAGGAGCUAAACAAAGCCAAGGAGACAGCACCCUGAGCCUGACGACGGAGGAGAUCAAAGUGCUGAGGAGGAUAAAGGAGGAAUAUGAGAGACGAGGAGGCUUUGUGAGGAUCUUCCCCACCGCUGAAACCUGGGAACUCUAUGGUGGAUAUCUGGAGUCCAAGUCUUCAAUGAACAUCAUGCUGGCAAACAGACUUUUCCAUGGAAGAAAUGUGAAUGUGCAGCUGCAGGAGGACGCUGUCCAUGACUGUCAUGUUGUCCAGUAUGAGAGGAAGCUGCUGUCUCUGGAGGCACGUAAGAGGAGAGGCCGCCACCUGCCUCAUCGCUCUGCUGCAGGAAGGAAAAAAUCGGGGAAGGAAUCCAAGGCCUCCCCUAGUGAGAGCAACAGUCAGGAGGGAGAAGAGUGUGCUCAGGAGGAAGGGGAGGAGGUGAAACGAGGUCUUGAGCCAGUCACACACAUGUCUUUAGCAGCGGAGCAGAGAAAAGAAGAGGCAGGAGCCCACAAGGCCAGGCCCAAAGUCAACCUGCUCAACAUCCUCCAGCAGGGGUGGGACCUCAGUAAGGUGCAGGCUCGGUUGGCCUUUUCAUCCUACCUAAAGCGAGUCCAGCAGAGACUCCUAGCAGAGAGUACAGCUAAUACCACCCCCGCUUGGCCUGAAAAGGACAAUGACCAAAUGGAACUUGUUAUUCGCUUUCUAAGAAUGGCAGCCAGCAACCUUCAAGAAGACAUAAAGGUGAUCUUUCCCAGUCGUCGGUUACCGCUACAAGACCGCAGACGCAUCCUCUCCUUCCAGUUGGGGCGGUUCAUCCACUGUUACAACAAGGAAACUGAACACAUGGUGAAUAACCAGGAGAAUAGCAAAGAUGGGAACUGUGUUAACUCCAGUGUAUUUCAGGAAUACAUCGAUGUAGCAAGUGAAAAUGAUCUGGAGGAAGUUCUGACAUUCUACACGCAGAAGAAUAAAUCAGCCACUGUCUUCCUAGGAACAAAAAUCAAAGGUGUUAAGAAAGAUGCUGAUGAAAUAAAAGCCCCAAGAGCAUCGGCCAUCAGCGAGAGUUCCAGAACUCUGCCUGUGGCCAGAGACGAUUCCAGCGCUUCAGAGUCCUCGCUCUCCACAGGGAAAGUCAGCAGCGAUCCAGACGUCAAGGCCACUGAGACUCAGCCGUCGUUUCGUAUGUUGCCUAAAGACCAACAAGCAGUGAUUAGAACGGGUAAAAGCCAGCCACAGAUCCAGGCGUCUCAGCACUGCUCUGGCUUCCCUGUGACUUUAGACUGCACAAAUAUCCACCUCCAGCACUGCUUGUCUACUCCGGCCUCCCUUCCUCUUCACUGCCCGCCGCCACCGCCUCCUCAGCCACCCUCUUACGUACAGUCCUUAACAAAGUCCCAUUUCUGCCAUUCUGAAACUCUGUCUGAUCCUCCGGCGUACACCUCUGGCCCUGUGGUCCAACAACCUCCAAGGCUGUGGACUGUUUCAACAGGCUUUAACACGAUCUCAACUGGGCAACCAGCUCAGAUGCUCAGGAGGGUUCAGUCAUUUACCUCAACCACAUCUGCGUCUGGUGCUCCCUCCUCCAUGCCGAGUGCCACACACAUCUAUAGCCAGAAGCUCUCUAGACCUACAUCUGCAGGCCAGGUUAAUAGGAGGAGCAGUUCCAGUAAGCAGAAGUCCACCUCAGCGGGAGGCUUUAAGGAGUUAAACUCCCUGUCUGCAAAGGCCCAGUCCAACCAGCAAAGCUUCAUUUCCGCCCUGCAGAAGCUGGCUGACAAGCAGGUGGCUCGCCACUCUGCCAGCUCCAGCCACAUCAACCUGCUGACACAACAUCUGAGCAACCUGAACCUGGCGAACAAAAUGCUAAACAGAGAGAGCUUCACGUUGAACCCAAGAAUGCGGCAAACGGCUGCCACGAUCCAAGGCCCAGUGAAAACGGUUCCCUCCGGAUCGGACCUGCAGAGCAGCAGUGGCCACAGGCUGCUGAAGGGUGAGCAAGGAACAUGGGAGAAGCAGAUGCACAACACCUGUAGCUCGGUGGCAGGACUGAAUCCCCAGCAGCGCUAUCAGCCCUCACAAGGAAGUUACCAGCUUCAGUUCGCUAUCCAUCAACUGCAGCAGCAGAAAGCACAGUCUCGGCAGUUUAUGGACCAGAGCCACGGCCGACACCAGGUUCAGUUCCCAGACCAGACAUGUGCAUCACACACUGGCGCUGCCACACACCCGUCCAGCUAUGUGCUUCGACCCGGGCACAGCCAUUUCCAGAGCCACAUCCAGACCUGUGUUAGUCCUGUUCUCACCCCAAAGCCACCCAGCAGUGUCCGCGAGGGGAAGACGAGGAAGACGGCCACAAAGCGUCUGAUCAAGCAGACAUCCUCAGAGAGCUCAGCCAGUGGGGCCGUGUCCAGUGGGGCCGUGUCCAGUGGGGCCGUGUCCAGUGGGGCCGUGUCCAGUGGAACCGUGUCCAGUGGAACCGUGUCCAGUGGAACCGUGUCCAGUGGAACCGUGUCCAGUGGCCAGCACAUGGUCUACGAAGCCAUCUGCGGUAAAACAGGUCUUUCUGUGUACCGCAAGCUGUUCCAGGGCCAGGAGCCCAGCCGCAGAUGACAUGAAAGCAACCAGAGACACGUCCUGCCGCUCUGCCGGCCUGACAGGUGUCUCUGCAUGUAACUACAUCCUCGCAGAGGUGUAUUCUGGGAAAGGACAACAGCUACAGAUGAAGGCAUGCCAGACAUCGAACAGGCUCCUAUUAAUUUCUCUGUGAUGGAGCCUCAGACAUGUGAGAGGCUGGUCUGCCGGGCCAGGAAUGGGGGGCUUUGACGCAGGUUGGGAUUUGGUUGCGCAGCUCCACAUCAGAUGGCCUUGUCAGCUCCAUCCACCCCCCCGUCAUCGCCUUUGGCUGCACUACAUCCCAACCACCUAAAUCCCUGCCCUCAGUCUCUGGAUGUUACUGAUGCCACAGAACAAUGGCACUGACAGACAGCCCUCAGCAGAUGCUUCUGCACGACCCGUUGGUAUUUUAACAGCAGGAUUUAAUGUGUUAUUCUUUGCCGGUGCAGGGGCAUGUGCACCACCUGCCAUGUAUGUUGAUUCUUUGCUUCCUGAAAGUUUUACAAAUAUUUGAGCUGGGUGUUUUGGCCAUAAAAUGUUUUUGACAGAUGUCUGUGACGGUGCCAGUUUUUGAUUUGCUCCUUCCAUGUUUAGCAUCUGGUGUCAGACACCGACGGUGCUUGUUGGAAGCCAGUCUGCCACACUGGACCCGUGGCUGUGUCAUCUGCUCGGUGGCACAAGAGGAACAAUGUAAAUUAUUAAUACAAGUGCUUGCUGCCUUGUUCUUGUUGACAGGGGUGAUGUAACACUGUUACAGGGAUGUUUCCUAUUAAGAAUAUAAUUCUCCUGUGAUUGUUACUGUAAACUGUAGAGAUGUUUUCUUUGGAUGGACCAAGUUUAUUAUUUUUAGUUUAAUAAGUCAAUUAUUGUGUCGUUGUAACAUAAUUUAUUUAUUGUACAUCAUUCCAAAAGGCCCUUUGGUCUUUUCUGUAGCCUAAAACGUAACAUGAUGAGGAAUUAUGGUUUUGCACGGCCUCGCCUACAACGUUGAUGGGACCACAUGAUGAGCCGACUCAGGGCACGUUUAUAUAAUAAAACAUCUUUGUCAGUAGAGGCAGCAUAUGUUUGAACUGUCAGGAAUACUUGAAUUUCUUGCAUGUAUUUUGUCAUAUCAGCUGAUGAACACCAGUGAUUUUGCACAGAUUGUAGCUUCCAAUGCAGUUUUAUUACAUUUGAUGGCGAUGGAUUUUUUGUAGUGAUUGAUGUUGAUCUUCAUGUUGUGGAUUUACUACCGCUCGGGCCGGUGCAUGCUGUAUUACAGGAAACCAAGUCAGUGUGUUUUAUCUACUGUGGUGUUACAGACGUUGUUUACAGUCUGACCGUUUGGUCUGUUUUGUUCCUGAUUGUUUACAACACACAUGCACGACAAUGGAAUAUUUUUUGAAAUCAUUUAAAACCUUUGUAGCAGACAGUGAUAUGAAAUUGUAGAAAUCAGUAAUUGUACUGUUCAUCUAUUCACCACAUUACCUGUUAAAAUAAUGUGCUCAAAGAUAAAUGAUAGAUAAAUGAAUAUUCAACCAAAGCAAAAGUGCACCAAUAAUGAAAAUAGAACUAUUCUUCCUCCAUCUGUCAUGUUUUUAAUUAAAAAAAGUGUUUCCAAGAGUAAAAAGAAAAAAAAAACCUUUACAGUUUGUGAUCUAGUUAAUUGUUCACUUAGUGACAUACAUCGUCUCAUACAACAGAAAGGCUUCACUUUAAAUGAAACUAUCCCUGGGAUCACCGUCCUGUUGCAUCACAGAGGUAAACAUAACCAUGGAAAUACUAUUUGAAAUAAAGGUCGGUUUCCAGCA